AUGGGGGGUAGUUUUUCACAAUUCGCGGGGGGCGUUAGCCGUAUUUUGACCCACAAGGAACCACAUCUGAAAAUAUCCAUCGAUGCUUCCGCAGGUUCGGUCGAAAAUACGCGGCGUGUGAACGAAGAUUCGGAAGCACUCGGUGUCGUGUUUGCUGCUGAAAGCUACCUUGGCUACCACGGUCAAGAAAUUUUCGCAGAAGAGGGACCGAAAACCAACAUUCGUAUGGUAACGUUGCUUUUCAUCGCUUACGACCAAUUUUCGACGCUGGCGAACAGCGAUAUUCACCAGUUUGAAGAUAUUGUUGGAAAAAAAAUCGCCUCUGGGGCGAGUGGGUCCGGCACCGCACAGACGUUAGAACGACUGUCAAAAUUGGCGGGUAUCUGGGGAAAAUUUACGCCGAUCUAUAAAGGUGGGAGUGCGGCUGCCGAGGCUCUCCAAGAUGGACAGGUCGCUGGGUUCCAAUGGCUCGUCAGUGUGCCGAACAGCGCUGUUAUCCAGUUGACAGCGAUUAAAUCUAUUCGGAUGAUCGAUCUUGACGCAACUGCGAAGAAGUAUGGCUUCUACGAAAAGUAUCCGUUCUAUCUUUCCGGAUCUCUGCCAGAGGGGGCGUAUGAAGGCAAAGUGGAACCGGUGAAUACUAUUCUGAUGCCAACGGUACUCAUCUCGAACAAAGCGGUGAGCGAGGAGACUAUCUACAAACUUCUAAAGCAUGUUUACGCCUCAGAGGGACAUCAGGCGAUGCUUCAAACAAAUCAAGCAGCAGCAGACAUGACGAUAGAGAAUGGACCGAAAGCCUUUGUAAUUCCACUCCACCGCGGGGGCAUACAAAUUUUGGAGCGAACAAGGUGUGGAAAUUCCAGCGCAUGCGAUGCCGGUGGACUAACCUAA